GCUUCAGUGUUUAUAAAUCAGAAACCUGCUUCCUCAAGGAAAACAGAAAAGGAUAUAUAAUUUUAUUUAUAUAUCAAUUCAAAUUCCGUGGCAAAGAUGUCAGAUCCUCUUGUUGUUGGAAGAGUCAUUGGAGAUGUUGUUGAUUAUUUCUCCCCCAGUGUUAAAAUGGCAGUGACUUACAACUCCAGCAAGAAGGUGUAUAAUGGGCAUGAGCUAUUUCCUUCCUCAGUAACCACGAAGCCUAAGGUUGAAGUUCAGGGAGGCGAUCUGAGAUCUUUCUUUACACUGGUCAUGACUGACCCAGAUGUUCCAGGUCCUAGUGAUCCAUAUCUGAAGGAGCACUUGCACUGGAUAGUCACGGAUAUCCCAGGAACAACUGACAACACAUUUGGAAGGGAGGUGGUGAAAUAUGAAAUGCCGAGGCCAAACAUAGGGAUCCACAGGUUUGUGUUCCUUCUGUUCAAGCAGAAAGGUCGGCAAACAGUGAUUCCUCCUCCUUCCAAGGACCACUUCGACAGUCGAAAGUUUGCAGAAGCAAACGAGUUCGGGCUUCCGGUGGCUGCUGUUUUCUUCAAUGCCCAGAGGGAAACUGCUGCAAGAAGACGCUAAUUAAUUAAUAAGAUAAACAACCAAGUGAUGCUUCUGGUCUUUUAUUGGAAACACUUGUACGUGCCAGUUAAUAUGAGAAGAAAAAUUAAAUAAAUAAAUCUCAUAGAUCAUCUGUUGUGAGAGUCAAUAUAUAACACUAUAACUGCUGCAUAAAAUCGUUUUUUCUUUUUAUUUACGAAUUAUCAUCGUUUUAUGUGUAUUAGUCUAUGGCUGUGUAAACCUUGUGUACCUUCCUAUUUAUCAAGUAUUAUAAAUAAAUAAAUGAGAGUGAAAUCCACA